UGCUGAAUGCAACUUUCUUUUGUUAGCAUUCCUGAGGAUGGUAUGGCCCGGUUUAGCUGUGAUGAGUGCCAGCAGGUCUGGUAGUUGUUCACAGACCUCAGGGAAAUUAUUUGGUGGCCUGUAGUCAGUUCAGCUCAAACUGAAUAGUAAAUUUUUUCUUCUUCUUCUCAGCAGUCUCAGGAAGCAAGAGCAAGGUCUGAAGGAGCCUUAGGAAAGGGUUCUUGCCUCCCCCGCCCCAUGGAGUGGUGCCAAGGAUGAGACCUUCUGGGAGGUGAUAAGUGACGAACAUGGAAUUGACAUCGCUGGAAACUACCGUGGGGCUGCGCCACUGCAGCUUGAGCGAAUUAACGUGUACUUCAAUGAGGCUUACUCUCAUAAAUAUGUGCCCCGUUCUGUCUUGGUGGACCUAGAACCUGGAACUAUGGACAGUGUACGAUCUAGCAAAAUAGGCCCAUUAUUUCGACCUGACAAUUUUAUUCAUGGCAACUCAGGUGCUGGCAACAACUGGGCUAAGGGGCAUUACACAGAAGGAGCUGAACUGAUUGAAAAUGUCAUGGAUGUGGUCAGGAAUGAGUGCGAGAGCUGUGAUUGUCUUCAAGGGUUUCAGCUUAUCCAUUCACUUGGUGGUGGUACAGGCUCAGGUAUGGGCACACUCCUCAUCAACAAAAUCAGAGAAGAAUAUCCUGACAGGAUUAUGAACACCUUCAGUGUUGUGCCUUCACCCAAAGUAUCCGACACAGUUGUAGAGCCAUAUAACGCCAUCCUCUCCAUCCAUCAACUAAUAGAGAACACAGACGAAACCUUUUGCAUCGACAACGAAGCUCUAUAUGACAUAUGUUUUAGAACUUUAAAGCUCACCAAUCCCACCUACGGUGACCUCAACCACUUAGUGUCCCUAACAAUGAGUGGGGUCACAACCUCACUCCGUUUUCCUGGCCAGCUGAAUGCAGAUCUGAGGAAGCUGGCUGUUAACAUGGUGCCUUUUCCACGCCUGCAUUUUUUUAUGCCCGGCUUUGCUCCACUGACUGCUCGAGGUAGCCAACAGUACAGAGCCCUGUCAGUACCAGAGCUCACUCAACAAAUGUUUGAUGCACGCAACAUGAUGGCAGCCUGUGACCCCCGUCACGGACGUUACUUGACCGUGGCAUGCAUCUUCAGAGGCCGAAUGUCUACCAGAGAAGUGGAUGAACAGUUGCUGGCUAUCCAGACCAAGAAUAGUUCUUAUUUUGUGGAAUGGAUCCCUAAUAACGUCAAAGUGGCAGUGUGUGACAUACCCCCGCGAGGACUGAAGAUGGCAGCUACCUUUAUUGGCAAUAACACAGCCAUUCAGGAGCUCUUCAUCAGGGUUUCUGAACAAUUCUCAGCUAUGUUUAGAAGAAAAGCAUUUCUUCAUUGGUAUACUGGUGAAGGUAUGGAUGAGAUGGAGUUUUCUGAAGCAGAAGGUAACACCAAUGACCUUGUAUCUGAGUACCAACAGUACCAGGAUGCCACAGCAGAUGUUGAGGAAUACGAAGAGGUAGAAGUGGAAGUUAGCCCAGAAAAGGAAACGCCCUAGAAACAAUAGUAAUAUCAAAACAUUGUCCUAACAAGCCCACUGACACUCUCUAAGAGGAGCAAUAGCCUUCAUCUGCAUACCUGAAGGAACACCUUUCUUAAGAGUUUUUUCUCUGCAUCAGGCACAAAUACAUCCAAUAUUACAAAAUAAUGCUUCUAAAAUCAAUGGCAGCUAUGCUUUGCUUACCUAGACAACAGAAUCUCUCCCAAAAAAGAUCCACGGUGAAGAAAAGUUGUCUCAUAACAAUCUUUCUUAUUGAUGUAUUCACUUUUGGAAUAUAUAGCCAGACACCACAUGUAAUAUACAGCCUGUGUGUGCAUAUCGGGAUCAUAAGCAGCAGUAAAGUAGGCUAUAGACUCUUGUCACGUUUAUUUAUUCUCAAGUAAACACAGUUCAGGUUUUUGUUUGUGAACCUGUUACUGUUUUUAGGAACACAUGCACAUCUAUAAAGGCCUACAAAGGCAGUGUCUAUUUUAUUAUGCACUCUAUAGACCUAUCUAGAUCUGCAGAUAAGUUCAGUUUCUUAAGCAGGGCCUUCUUCAGUAGACACUGAAUAGGCACCUUAAUUUUUACUUUUUAAGUACUUAAAAUAAAUAGUAUUAUUACAUUGCUGGUUUAUAAUUGCAGAGCUUCUUUCAUUGUCAUGGUGUGGUUUGUUUUUUAUUUCAAACUAUAGACUGAGUUACACUAAUAUGCAAAAUUGUGAACACAGUAUAGAAGUUUUGGUGUGGGGUUUUUUUUUUGUUUUGUUCCAUAUACUAACUAUUUUAACUUUUCCACCUUUCAGUACAGCAAAAUGGAUGAAAUGGGUUGCAUGUAGUUAGAAAUGCAAGUUCAGUGGCAAUCAUGUACUCAGAAAUAUAUCUUGACUUAAGGAAAGUUUCUUACCAACUACAGUAAUGUUCACAGACAUAUUUAGCAUUGUAUUUAUAAUAUUCUUUAAAACAAAAAUUCUAUACUUUUUUAAUAAAAUACUUCAAAAGCAGACACAUUUGAUAGGCAAAAAACAUAGUUUGUUCUUGUAAGGACUAACUUUAAAAUUACAUGAAAAAAAUCGAGCUUGUUUUCUUAUACUCUUGGAAAUAAACUCAAAAUUGUUGACUGUU